AUGAGACGCUGUUGGUCGUGCCGACGUUGCUGUUCAUUGCGCUGUGCUGCGAGAUUCGUUGCAGUCGUCGUCGUUGUCGUCGUCGUUUUGGUGUUGAAGCCCGAUUUGGCCCCGGAUGCCGUUAACAAGGCGCUGCAGCGGUGCACUGAUCGGGAGAGCAAGAAGCUCUUGCAGAAUCUGUGUCACAAUUAUACAAGGGGGUUGAUUGCUGGCCCAUUGUGUUCACCACUGUGUAGCAAGAUGACAAUAAUAUAUGAACAGUGUCUUGGACAUGGCAACAAAAUUGCUCUCAAAGCACGAUGGACUGAUCGAUGGAUAGUUUUGAAAGCAUCGAAGGAAAGCACGAUGGCAUACUAUGUUCCGUGGAACAGGAAUGAUCAUACUAUUAUCAUGACAACAAAUGAAGUGGCACGUUGGGUAUAUGAUUUUGUUGUGUCUGAAGUGAAUCCUUAUCCAAUCGACAUGGCAUUUCUUCAUGACAGACUCUUGUCAAAUCUCGUGACGAAGGGUGGAAAUUAUUCUCGGGCGGCUGUGGAGAGCUUGUGGUCUGUUUUGCAACAGGGUGAGUUUCUGAAGCUUUUUCUCUUGGCUGGAAACAAGCAUAUUCCCGAUGUAUACGGUUGGUGUGGCCAUAUGUAUGCAAUGGAGUAUACACCAAUUGGAGACGCGUUUCGUCGACUAAAACUUCGACACACUAUGUCUUGGAAAAGUCGAGUUAAAAUAGGUCUGAGCUUUCUAGAAAUGGUUCGUAGUUUUAAGGAAACGCAGUAUGGAGAGCUCAGUCUUUGUGAUGUCCAGGAGACAAACUUUGGUCUGAGAACGUCUGAUUUUACUGUUCAAGCAAUUGAUAUCGACUUGGCUUUACUUCCACAAACACGUAGUAAUUUUGUGAGUCAGGCUGAAAAGUGCACUAAAGACUCGGAGUGUGACUUCUUUGACUGUGUUGCCUACUGCAACUACAAGACAAACAACUGUACUUCUCAGAUGAAGUCGAGCAACUUCCAGAACUUUUGUCACGACAUUUUUAAGACCAAAUAUUUUGUAAACCAAGGACUUUUGGAGGAAGCUCCUCAUAAUGUUGCUCAUGAGCUUGGAGAAAUAUUGACCAAGUGUGCAUCUGUACCACCGAACUCUACAGUGAAAUUUCCUGAGACAUACUAUUCUGAUUUAUAUAAUCGUCUGCACAGUCUUCUUUCUAAGGAGAGUCAAUAGACAGUGACUUUGUACGUUGCUUAGAUUGACAGAGCGAAAUGUUUUCAUAUUAGGUUUCAUGCUCAAUAUAUUUGGUGAAGUAACAACUUAUCAUGGGAUCAGCGAAUUGACAAGUGUAGUACAUAGAGCUGCGUUUAUUUUCAAACUUUGUGAGCAGAAUUUGAGAAAAUGACAAAUUUAUAAAAGACUGCAAAGAAGAAUGACAAAUACCAAAUUUGUAUGCUGGCCACUUUAAUUUUGAACUUAGCAGAAUGCCCUGCAUUUGGAAGACAUUAUUGAAUAGAUAUGGUAGAGCACCUGUACAGUGUACACUUGAAAGAGCUCCUUUCCGUAUUUCUCAAUUCUAGCUGGAGGGUACUGUAGCCUGUGUAGGCAUGCAUCUCUAAGGUUGAAUUUCAAGUUGAUGAAGACAAAUAUUUGGCUGAUG